UUUCAGUCGUUGGCCUAUCCAUUCCCCCAAUGCACCAACUUUCCUCUAAUCUUCCCCUCCAACCUCACCAUUUCCCUCUCACCCACACCAAAGAAAGUGAAAGACAAACGCAGAGAGACACACGUAUUGGAGUCUUCAAUAAGAGGAGGGAGCAAGCGCCAAUUCAUUCCUCGAGAGCUUUCCUACUCGAGACAUCCGAUAAAAUUCGAACAUACGGGUCGUGAAGUCACGGUUUCCGGGAUGGAGCGGAGCAGCAAGAUUUUCCGGAGAUCAAUCCACACCUUCCUCAAUAACUACCACUUCUUCACAUCAACAGCUGCCCUGCUUGCCCUGCCAUUCUCCGUCUCAUUCCUCCUCUCCCAGUCGUUCGUCCCGUCCUCCCCCUCCCCCCUACUCCCGACCAUUCACGCCCGGCUCCGGGCCCUCUUUGACGCGGCGGGGUUCCCUCCCUCGUCGCAGUUCUUCUCGAUCCUCUGCCUCAAGCUCUCCCAGACAAUCUCUUCCUUCUUCGUCACCCUCCCCUGUUCCCUCACUUUCCUCCUCAUCUCAAAAGCUUCCGUAAUCCUAUCCCUCUCCCAACACAAACUCUCUCUUCCUUUCUCUUCCUUCCUCCAAACCUACAAACCCCUCCUCCUCACUUACGUCUCCAACUUGCUCGUGAUCCUGUCCGCAAAUGCGACCGCCACUGCCUUAGCCGUCCUCUUCUUCGCCUUCAAAAGCCUUGGAGGGCCAUGGUUCGAUUCCCCGAGCCUACAACUCUUCUUUCCGGCUUUCGGGCCCAUCCUCUAUUCGAUAAUCCUCGCCCAUGCUCUCAUUGUCUGCAACUUCGCGCUUGUCCUGUCGGGGACCGAGAAGUUUGGCGGGUUCGAGGCGAUCCUGAAGGCUUGCGUCCUUAUUCGGGAUUCAAUUCCCGUGGCUCUGUCCUUGGCUAUACCUAUGAACUUGGGGUGGGCUGCGGUCGAGGCCCUGUUCCAGUACCGCGUGGUAAGGGCGUACCGCGUCACAAAAGCCCCGAGCUUUGCUGUGGCUCUCGAGGGACUAUUCAUCGCAUACUUGUACUCGAUCCUAAUAGUCCUCGAUACGAUUGUGAGCUGCAUCUUCUUCAAGAGCUGCAAGCGAAUGAACGAUCUAUUGUGCCACGAAGACGGGUACUCUUGCCGGAUCGAGUUUGCAGAGGACCCCGAGGAUCCCGAACGAGUUCCAAAGUCCGAAUCUUGAGGAGCCGAAAAGAGCGAAAACUUCAAAUCGAUGGGAAUAAAUAGGUUAAUUUUUUAAUGAAAACAAGACUUGCAAAUGUCUUGAAUAUAGGACCAAUUUCUAAUUUUUCACGCUGUAGAUAUGAAACUUCUACAUUGAUAAAAUCACAAAUAUUACUUUAUUGUUUUCCCCUUGCUGUCGCUUGGGAACAUUACAUUUAUAUGUUCAAUACUUUGGUGAA